AUGCUGCCAGUACCGAUCAGUUGUGAUACCUCCGCGGAUCUGGUGAGCGCACACUUCCCCCACGUCCACUGUCCUGGUGCCGCCGUAGCUCUGGCGAGCGGUAGCCGCCUCUGCGCCUUUCUUCCUGCAGCUGCUGCCGUCCUGGCGAGCGGUAGCCGCUUCCGUGCCUCCCGUCCUCGUGCGGGAGACGUGGAUCUGGCGAGCGCGCGCCGCCACCGCGUUCCCCGUCACGAUUCUGCCGCCGAUCUGGCGAGCGCAUACCGCCGCCACGCCCCCCCUCCCGAUACAUCCGUGGAUCUGGCGAGCGCGUGCCUCCGUCGCGUCCCCCAUCACGAUUCAGCCGAGGCUCUGGCGAGCGCGCACCGCCGCCGCGUCCUCCGUCCCGAUUCAGGCGCGGAUCAGGCGAACGCGCGCCGCCGCCACGUCCCUCGUCACGCUGCUGACGCGGAUCUGGAGAGCGCGCGCCACUGCCACGCCCCCCGCCGUCACCUCUCUCCGUCGCGCGGCAGGUCUCGAGUACCGCCCUUUCCUUCCGCCUCCGCCGUGCUCGGCUCCGCCGCCACGCCCGCCUGCGCGGGAUCGUCGUCAUCAACUUCAGCGGGCAUCACGCGCUGCUCGCCUGCACCUUCCUCCUGGGGUUCCACCCUCGGCCGGGCAUCAACGGCGCUCGGCCGAGGCCGAGCCCCCUCGGCCGCGCCUCAACGGCGCUCGGCCGAGGCCGAGCCCCCUCGGCCGCGCCUCAACGGCGCUCGGCCGAGGCCGAGCCCCCUCGGCCGCGCCUCAAGGGCGCUCGGCCGAGGCCGAGCCCCCUCGGCCGCGCCUCAAGGGCGCUCGGCCGAGGCCGAGCCCCCUCGGCCGCGCCUCAAGGGCGCUCGGCCGAGGCCGAGCCCCCUCGGCCGCGCCUCAAGGGCGCUCGGCCGAGGCCGAGCCCCCUCGGCCGCGCCUCAAGGGCGCUCGGCCGAGGCCGAGCCCCCUCGGCCGCGCCUCAAGGGCGCUCGGCCGAGGCCGAGCCCCCUCGGCCGCGCCUCAAGGGCGCUCGGCCGAGGCCGAGCCCCCUCGGCCGCGCCUCAAGGGCGCUCGGCCGAGGCCGAGCCCCCUCGGCCGCGCCUCAAGGGCGCUCGGCCGAGGCCGAGCCCCCUCGGCCGCGCCUCAAGGGCGCUCGGCCGAGGCCGAGCCCCCUCGGCCGCGCCUCAAGGGCGCUCGGCCGAGGCCGAGCCCCCUCGGCCGCGCCUCAAGGGCGCUCGGCCGAGGCCGAGCCCCCUCGGCCGCGCCUCAAGGGCGCUCGGCCGAGGCCGAGCCCCCUCGGCCGCGCCUCAAGGGCGCUCGGCCGAGGCCGAGCCCCCUCGGCCGCGCCUCAAGGGCGCUCGGCCGAGGCCGAGCCCCCUCGGCCGCGCCUCAAGGGCGCUCGGCCGAGGCCGAGCCCCCUCGGCCGCGCCUCAAGGGCGCUCGGCCGAGGCCGAGCCCCCUCGGCCGCGCCUCAAGGGCGCUCGGCCGAGGCCGAGCCCCCUCGGCCGCGCCUCAAGGGCGCUCGGCCGAGGCCGAGCCCCCUCGGCCGCGCCUCAAGGGCGCUCGGCCGAGGCCGAGCCCCCUCGGCCGCGCCUCAAGGGCGCUCGGCCGAGGCCGAGCCCCCUCGGCCGCGCCUCAAGGGCGCUCGGCCGAGGCCGAGCCCCCUCGGCCGCGCCUCAAGGGCGCUCGGCCGAGGCCGAGCCCCCUCGGCCGCGCCUCAAGGGCGCUCGGCCGAGGCCGAGCCCCCUCGGCCGCGCCUCAAGGGCGCUCGGCCGAGGCCGAGCCCCCUCGGCCGCGCCUCAAGGGCGCUCGGCCGAGGCCGAGCCCCCUCGGCCGCGCCUCAAGGGCGCUCGGCCGAGGCCGAGCCCCCUCGGCCGCGCCUCAAGGGCGCUCGGCCGAGGCCGAGCCCCCUCGGCCGCGCCUCAAGGGCGCUCGGCCGAGGCCGAGCCCCCUCGGCCGCGCCUCAAGGGCGCUCGGCCGAGGCCGAGCCCCCUCGGCCGCGCCUCAAGGGCGCUCGGCCGAGGCCGAGCCCCCUCGGCCGCGCCUCAAGGGCGCUCGGCCGAGGCCGAGCCCCCUCGGCCGCGCCUCAAGGGCGCUCGGCCGAGGCCGAGCCCCCUCGGCCGCGCCUCAAGGGCGCUCGGCCGAGGCCGAGCCCCCUCGGCCGCGCCUCAAGGGCGCUCGGCCGAGGCCGAGCCCCCUCGGCCGCGCCUCAAGGGCGCUCGGCCGAGGCCGAGCCCCCUCGGCCGCGCCUCAAGGGCGCUCGGCCGAGGCCGAGCCCCCUCGGCCGCGCCUCAAGGGCGCUCGGCCGAGGCCGAGCCCCCUCGGCCGCGCCUCAAGGGCGCUCGGCCGAGGCCGAGCCCCCUCGGCCGCGCCUCAAGGGCGCUCGGCCGAGGCCGAGCCCCCUCGGCCGCGCCUCAAGGGCGCUCGGCCGAGGCCGAGCCCCCUCGGCCGCGCCUCAAGGGCGCUCGGCCGAGGCCGAGCCCCCUCGGCCGCGCCUCAAGGGCGCUCGGCCGAGGCCGAGCCCCCUCGGCCGCGCCUCAAGGGCGCUCGGCCGAGGCCGAGCCCCCUCGGCCGCGCCUCAAGGGCGCUCGGCCGAGGCCGAGCCCCCUCGGCCGCGCCUCAAGGGCGCUCGGCCGAGGCCGAGCCCCCUCGGCCGCGCCUCAAGGGCGCUCGGCCGAGGCCGAGCCCCCUCGGCCGCGCCUCAAGGGCGCUCGGCCGAGGCCGAGCCCCCUCGGCCGCGCCUCAAGGGCGCUCGGCCGAGGCCGAGCCCCCUCGGCCGCGCCUCAAGGGCGCUCGGCCGAGGCCGAGCCCCCUCGGCCGCGCCUCAAGGGCGCUCGGCCGAGGCCGAGCCCCCUCGGCCGCGCCUCAAGGGCGCUCGGCCGAGGCCGAGCCCCCUCGGCCGCGCCUCAAGGGCGCUCGGCCGAGGCCGAGCCCCCUCGGCCGCGCCUCAAGGGCGCUCGGCCGAGGCCGAGCCCCCUCGGCCGCGCCUCAAGGGCGCUCGGCCGAGGCCGAGCCCCCUCGGCCGCGCCUCAAGGGCGCUCGGCCGAGGCCGAGCCCCCUCGGCCGCGCCUCAAGGGCGCUCGGCCGAGGCCGAGCCCCCUCGGCCGCGCCUCAAGGGCGCUCGGCCGAGGCCGAGCCCCCUCGGCCGCGCCUCAAGGGCGCUCGGCCGAGGCCGAGCCCCCUCGGCCGCGCCUCAAGGGCGCUCGGCCGAGGCCGAGCCCCCUCGGCCGCGCCUCAAGGGCGCUCGGCCGAGGCCGAGCCCCCUCGGCCGCGCCUCAAGGGCGCUCGGCCGAGGCCGAGCCCCCUCGGCCGCGCCUCAAGGGCGCUCGGCCGAGGCCGAGCCCCCUCGGCCGCGCCUCAAGGGCGCUCGGCCGAGGCCGAGCCCCCUCGGCCGCGCCUCAAGGGCGCUCGGCCGAGGCCGAGCCCCCUCGGCCGCGCCUCAAGGGCGCUCGGCCGAGGCCGAGCCCCCUCGGCCGCGCCUCAAGGGCGCUCGGCCGAGGCCGAGCCCCCUCGGCCGCGCCUCAAGGGCGCUCGGCCGAGGCCGAGCCCCCUCGGCCGCGCCUCAAGGGCGCUCGGCCGAGGCCGAGCCCCCUCGGCCGCGCCUCAAGGGCGCUCGGCCGAGGCCGAGCCCCCUCGGCCGCGCCUCAAGGGCGCUCGGCCGAGGCCGAGCCCCCUCGGCCGCGCCUCAAGGGCGCUCGGCCGAGGCCGAGCCCCCUCGGCCGCGCCUCAAGGGCGCUCGGCCGAGGCCGAGCCCCCUCGGCCGCGCCUCAAGGGCGCUCGGCCGAGGCCGAGCCCCCUCGGCCGCGCCUCAAGGGCGCUCGGCCGAGGCCGAGCCCCCUCGGCCGCGCCUCAAGGGCGCUCGGCCGAGGCCCAGCCCCCUCGGCCGCGCCUCAAGGGCGCUCGGCCGAGGCCGAGCCCCCUCGGCCGCGCCUCAAGGGCGCUCGGCCGAGGCCGAGCCCCCUCGGCCGCGCCUCAAGGGCGCUCGGCCGAGGCCGAGCCCCCUCGGCCGCGCCUCAAGGGCGCUCGGCCGAGGCCCAGCCCCCUCGGCCGCGCCUCAAGGGCGCUCGGCCGAGGCCGAGCCCCCUCGGCCGCGCCUCAAGGGCGCUCGGCCGAGGCCGAGCCCCCUCGGCCGCGCCUCAAGGGCGCUCGGCCGAGGCCGAGCCCCCUCGGCCGCGCCUCAAGGGCGCUCGGCCGAGGCCGAGCCCCCUCGGCCGCGCCUCAAGGGCGCUCGGCCGAGGCCCAGCCCCCUCGGCCGCGCCUCAAGGGCGCUCGGCCGAGGCCGAGCCCCCUCGGCCGCGCCUCAAGGGCGCUCGGCCGAGGCCGAGCCCCCUCGGCCGCGCCUCAAGGGCGCUCGGCCGAGGCCCAGCCCCCUCGGCCGCGCCUCAAGGGCGCUCGGCCGAGGCCCAGCCCCCUCGGCCGCGCCUCAAGGGCGCUCGGCCGAGGCCGAGCCCCCUCGGCCGCGCCUCAAGGGCGCUCGGCCGAGGCCGAGCCCCCUCGGCCGCGCCUCAAGGGCGCUCGGCCGAGGCCGAGCCCCCUCGGCCGCGCCUCAAGGGCGCUCGGCCGAGGCCCAGCCCCCUCGGCCGCGCCUCAAGGGCGCUCGGCCGAGGCCGAGCCCCCUCGGCCGCGCCUCAAGGGCGCUCGGCCGAGGCCCAGCCCCCUCGGCCGCGCCUCAAGGGCGCUCGGCCGAGGCCCAGCCCCCUCGGCCGCGCCUCAAGGGCGCUCGGCCGAGGCCGAGCCCCCUCGGCCGCGCCUCAAGGGCGCUCGGCCGAGGCCCAGCCCCCUCGGCCGCGCCUCAAGGGCGCUCGGCCGAGGCCCAGCCCCCUCGGCCGCGCCUCAAGGGCGCUCGGCCGAGGCCCAGCCCCCUCGGCCGCGCCUCAAGGGCGCUCGGCCGAGGCCCAGCCCCCUCGGCCGCGCCUCAAGGGCGCUCGGCCGAGGCCGAGCCCCCUCGGCCGCGCCUCAAGGGCGCUCGGCCGAGGCCCAGCCCCCUCGGCCGCGCCUCAAGGGCGCUCGGCCGAGGCCCAGCCCCCUCGGCCGCGCCUCAAGGGCGCUCGGCCGAGGCCCAGCCCCCUCGGCCGAGGCCCAGCCCCCUCGGCCGCGCCUCAACGGCGCUCGGCCGAGGCCCAGCCCCCUCGGCCGCGCCUCAACGGCGCUCGGCCGCGCCUCAACGGCGCUCGGCCGAGGCCCAGCCCCCUCGGCCGCGCCUCAACGGCGCUCGGCCGCGCCUCAACGGCGCUCGGCCGAGGCCCAGCCCCCUCGGCCGCGCCUCAACGGCGCUCGGCCGCGCCUCAACGGCGCUCGGCCGAGGCCGAGCCCCCUCGGCCGCGCCUCAACGGCGCUCGGCCGCGCCUCAACGGCGCUCGGCCGCGCCUCAACGGCGCUCGGCCGCGCCUCAACGGCGCUCGGCCGCGCCUCAACGGCGCUCGGCCGAGGCCGAGCCCCCUCGGCCGCGCCUCAACGGCGCUCGGCCGCGCCUCAACGGCGCUCGGCCGAGGCCGAGCCCCCUCGGCCGCGCCUCAACGGCGCUCGGCCGAGGCCGAGCCCCCUCGGCCGCGCCUCAACGGCGCUCGGCCGAGGCCGAGCCCCCUCGGCCGCGCCUCAACGGCGCUCGGCCGAGGCCCAGCCCCCUCGGCCGCGCCUCAACGGCGCUCGGCCGAGGCCCAGCCCCCUCGGCCGCGCCUCAACGGCGCUCGGCCGAGGCCCAGCCCCCUCGGCCGCGCCUCAACGGCGCUCGGCCGAGGCCCAGCCCCCUCGGCCGCGCCUCAACGGCGCUCGGCCGAGGCCCAGCCCCCUCGGCCGCGCCUCAACGGCGCUCGGCCGAGGCCGAGCCCCCUCGGCCGCGCCUCAACGGCGCUCGGCCGAGGCCGAGCCCCCUCGGCCGCGCCUCAACGGCGCUCGGCCGAGGCCGAGCCCCCUCGGCCGCGCCUCAACGGCGCUCGGCCGAGGCCGAGCCCCCUCGGCCGCGCCUCAACGGCGCUCGGCCGAGGCCGAGCCCCCUCGGCCGCGCCUCAACGGCGCUCGGCCGAGGCCGAGCCCCCUCGGCCGCGCCUCAACGGCGCUCGGCCGAGGCCGAGCCCCCUCGGCCGCGCCUCAACGGCGCUCGGCCGAGGCCGAGCCCCCUCGGCCGCGCCUCAACGGCGCUCGGCCGAGGCCGAGCCCCCUCGGCCGCGCCUCAACGGCGCUCGGCCGAGGCCGAGCCCCCUCGGCCGCGCCUCAACGGCGCUCGGCCGAGGCCGAGCCCCCUCGGCCGCGCCUCAACGGCGCUCGGCCGAGGCCGAGCCCCCUCGGCCGCGCCUCAACGGCGCUCGGCCGAGGCCGAGCCCCCUCGGCCGCGCCUCAACGGCGCUCGGCCGAGGCCGAGCCCCCUCGGCCGCGCCUCAACGGCGCUCGGCCGAGGCCGAGCCCCCUCGGCCGCGCCUCAACGGCGCUCGGCCGAGGCCGAGCCCCCUCGGCCGCGCCUCAACGGCGCUCGGCCGAGGCCGAGCCCCCUCGGCCGCGCCUCAACGGCGCUCGGCCGAGGCCGAGCCCCCUCGGCCGCGCCUCAACGGCGCUCGGCCGAGGCCGAGCCCCCUCGGCCGCGCCUCAACGGCGCUCGGCCGAGGCCGAGCCCCCUCGGCCGCGCCUCAACGGCGCUCGGCCGAGGCCGAGCCCCCUCGGCCGCGCCUCAACGGCGCUCGGCCGAGGCCGAGCCCCCUCGGCCGCGCCUCAACGGCGCUCGGCCGAGGCCGAGCCCCCUCGGCCGCGCCUCAACGGCGCUCGGCCGAGGCCGAGCCCCCUCGGCCGCGCCUCAACGGCGCUCGGCCGAGGCCGAGCCCCCUCGGCCGCGCCUCAACGGCGCUCGGCCGAGGCCGAGCCCCCUCGGCCGCGCCUCAACGGCGCUCGGCCGAGGCCGAGCCCCCUCGGCCGCGCCUCAACGGCGCUCGGCCGAGGCCGAGCCCCCUCGGCCGCGCCUCAACGGCGCUCGGCCGAGGCCGAGCCCCCUCGGCCGCGCCUCAACGGCGCUCGGCCGAGGCCGAGCCCCCUCGGCCGCGCCUCAACGGCGCUCGGCCGAGGCCGAGCCCCCUCGGCCGCGCCUCAACGGCGCUCGGCCGAGGCCGAGCCCCCUCGGCCGCGCCUCAACGGCGCUCGGCCGAGGCCGAGCCCCCUCGGCCGCGCCUCAACGGCGCUCGGCCGAGGCCGAGCCCCCUCGGCCGCGCCUCAACGGCGCUCGGCCGAGGCCGAGCCCCCUCGGCCGCGCCUCAACGGCGCUCGGCCGAGGCCGAGCCCCCUCGGCCGCGCCUCAACGGCGCUCGGCCGAGGCCGAGCCCCCUCGGCCGCGCCUCAACGGCGCUCGGCCGAGGCCGAGCCCCCUCGGCCGCGCCUCAACGGCGCUCGGCCGAGGCCGAGCCCCCUCGGCCGCGCCUCAACGGCGCUCGGCCGAGGCCCAGCCCCCUCGGCCGCGCCUCAACGGCGCUCGGCCGAGGCCCAGCCCCCUCGGCCGCGCCUCAACGGCGCUCGGCCGAGGCCCAGCCCCCUCGGCCGCGCCGCAACGGCGCUCGGCCGAGGCCCAGCCCCCUCGGCCGCGCCUCAACGGCGCUCGGCCGAGGCCCAGCCCCCUCGGCCGCGCCGCAACGGCGCUCGGCCGAGGCCCAGCCCCCUCGGCCGCGCCGCAACGGCGCUCGGCCGAGGCCCAGCCCCCUCGGCCGCGCCGCAACGGCGCUCGGCCGAGGCCCAGCCCCCUCGGCCGCGCCGCAACGGCGCUCGGCCGAGGCCCAGCCCCCUCGGCCGCGCCGCAACGGCGCUCGGCCGAGGCCCAGCCCCCUCGGCCGCGCCGCAACGGCGCUCGGCCGAGGCCCAGCCCCCUCGGCCGCGCCGCAACGGCGCUCGGCCGAGGCCCAGCCCCCUCGGCCGCGCCGCAACGGCGCUCGGCCGAGGCCCAGCCCCCUCGGCCGCGCCGCAACGGCGCUCGGCCGAGGCCCAGCCCCCUCGGCCGCGCCGCAACGGCGCUCGGCCGAGGCCCAGCCCCCUCGGCCGCGCCGCAACGGCGCUCGGCCGAGGCCCAGCCCCCUCGGCCGCGCCGCAACGGCGCUCGGCCGAGGCCCAGCCCCCUCGGCCGCGCCGCAACGGCGCUCGGCCGAGGCCCAGCCCCCUCGGCCGCGCCGCAACGGCGCUCGGCCGAGGCCCAGCCCCCUCGGCCGCGCCGCAACGGCGCUCGGCCGAGGCCCAGCCCCCUCGGCCGCGCCGCAACGGCGCUCGGCCGAGGCCCAGCCCCCUCGGCCGCGCCGCAACGGCGCUCGGCCGAGGCCCAGCCCCCUCGGCCGCGCCGCAACGGCGCUCGGCCGAGGCCCAGCCCCCUCGGCCGCGCCGCAACGGCGCUCGGCCGAGGCCCAGCCCCCUCGGCCGCGCCGCAACGGCGCUCGGCCGAGGCCCAGCCCCCUCGGCCGCGCCGCAACGGCGCUCGGCCGAGGCCCAGCCCCCUCGGCCGCGCCGCAACGGCGCUCGGCCGAGGCCCAGCCCCCUCGGCCGCGCCGCAACGGCGCUCGGCCGAGGCCCAGCCCCCUCGGCCGCGCCGCAACGGCGCUCGGCCGAGGCCCAGCCCCCUCGGCCGCGCCGCAACGGCGCUCGGCCGAGGCCCAGCCCCCUCGGCCGCGCCGCAACGGCGCUCGGCCGAGGCCCAGCCCCCUCGGCCGCGCCGCAACGGCGCUCGGCCGAGGCCCAGCCCCCUCGGCCGCGCCGCAACGGCGCUCGGCCGAGGCCCAGCCCCCUCGGCCGCGCCGCAACGGCGCUCGGCCGAGGCCCAGCCCCCUCGGCCGCGCCGCAACGGCGCUCGGCCGAGGCCCAGCCCCCUCGGCCGCGCCGCAACGGCGCUCGGCCGAGGCCCAGCCCCCUCGGCCGCGCCGCAACGGCGCUCGGCCGAGGCCCAGCCCCCUCGGCCGCGCCGCAACGGCGCUCGGCCGAGGCCCAGCCCCCUCGGCCGCGCCGCAACGGCGCUCGGCCGAGGCCCAGCCCCCUCGGCCGCGCCGCAACGGCGCUCGGCCGAGGCCCAGCCCCCUCGGCCGCGCCGCAACGGCGCUCGGCCGAGGCCCAGCCCCCUCGGCCGCGCCGCAACGGCGCUCGGCCGAGGCCCAGCCCCCUCGGCCGCGCCGCAACGGCGCUCGGCCGAGGCCCAGCCCCCUCGGCCGCGCCGCAACGGCGCUCGGCCGAGGCCCAGCCCCCUCGGCCGCGCCGCAACGGCGCUCGGCCGAGGCCCAGCCCCCUCGGCCGCGCCGCAACGGCGCUCGGCCGAGGCCCAGCCCCCUCGGCCGCGCCGCAACGGCGCUCGGCCGAGGCCCAGCCCCCUCGGCCGCGCCGCAACGGCCCUCGGCCGAGGCCCAGCACCCUCGGCCGGGCCCCAACGGCCCUCGGCCGAGGCCCAGCACCCUCGGCCGGGCCGCAACGGCCCUCGGCCGAGGCCGAGCACCCUCGGCCGGGCCGCAACGGCCCUCGGCCGAGGCCGAGCACCCUCGGCCGGGCCCCACUGGCCCUCGGCCGAGGCCGAGCACCCUCGGCCGGGCCCCACUGGCCCUCGGCCGAGGCCGAGCACCCUCGGCCGCGCCCCACUGGCCCUCGGCCGAGGCAGGAGAAUGGGGCGGGGUGAUGGAAAGCGGGAGAAUGGGGCGGUGUGAUGGAAAGCAGGAGAAUGGGGCGGGGUGA